UUGUGGGAGCUGUAGUUCCGCCCGCCCCCCCCUUCGGAGCUCCGCGGGGCCGGCACCGGGCCCGCCACCCGGCUCGGGGCCCCGCAGCUCCCCCGCCUGCACUCGCUCCUGCUGCCGCCGUGACGGGCCCCGGCAGCGGAGCGGACACGAGCAUCCCUCCCCCGGCGCCGGGGCUGGCUCAGAAACCUCUCGCGGGGGUGUUGUAGCCGCAGGGGCGGGAGGUGCCCCGGGGCUGCCCACGGUGGGGAGCGGAGAAUCACCGGCACACAUCACCGCUGGCACCAUCCCCGGGAACGCGCCAACAGGUGCCUCCGACCCGCGCAGGGCAGCGGAACAUGCACGGACUGGAGACACCACAGGCUGGGGACAGAGGCGCUUCCGAGGUGCGCGAGGCCUCGGGGGGGUGCAGCCGUCCUGCCUCCCUGCUCCCGCCUGCCCUGAUUUCCAAGCAGCCUCUAGCAGCAGGCAUCACGGCUCUUCCACUUGCCAGAAAUAAUCAUCACACGUCCGUUUUUUCCCUGGUAUUUCCAACCUGUGACUAAAGCACGCAUCAGCGAUGCUGAAGGGCAGUACCCCGGGGUGGACUCUGAUGAGAGCAGACAGCCUUGCUCCAGAGGGGAGGGCUCUGUGGCCCAUACGACAUUGUCACCAGGCUGGAACACAGGCCUGUGACAGACACCACACGGAGCAGGACCAGAGGACCGAGACAUGAUGCUCCUGCCCAUCUUGUCAAGGAGAGUUUAUCAGAGCCACUGGGGAAAGUCUCCAGGGAGAAGUUACCAAAAGCUUAAACUAUCUGAAAUUCUCUGCCUGACUCCCUGGGGACAGGGGUGUGUCACGCUGCCUCCCACACCAGGGCUCAACUGGUGUUUGUCUCACCGCCCAUGCGUGAGGCACUCUGCCUCCCUCCCACGCUGCGCAGCUGCGCCAGCCCCGGCCCAGGAGCCGCGCAGCGACGAUGGACCCCGUCAUCCCGGAGCUGCAUCCAGAGCCCAGCAGCAGCACCGACUUUCCCUGUGGUGGAGUUAAACCUUACAGGCUUGGAGCAGGAGUCUUUCCAAGGAGGACAGACACGUCACACCCACUGAGUCACUUGGCAGGAACAAAUUGCUUCAAACACUAUUCUUGGCAGGGUCUUACCCAAGGCCAAAAUAAAGUCAAGACUAACGUCGCUGAUAGGAGGAGAGAACCAGCAGCAUCUCUCAUUGUUUGUUUGUCCAGGCUUGGACACUACAGUGAUGAAACCAGUACCACAGGCUACCGGCAAAUACCAAAAAUCAUGGAAUAUAUUUUUUGCAGAGGGAGGCGGUGGGCUGCUGCAGCAGAACCCCCGUGUCAGGCACGGCAGAGGAACCUGCUCAGCCGGCCGGUCAGCACUAACCCAGGCAUUCGCACCAUGGCUCUGGCAAAGCCAUUUUACCAAGCGCCUUGUGCUCCCACACCCCCUCUUUUUUUCCUGCUCGUGCCUCCCGCGCAGGGUUGUGGAAACGCGGGUGUAAGAACAAACCCCCGUGGGGCGCCGGGCAGGCCGGGUCACGGCAGGUGAAGGGCGAGAGACGGCGAGCGCUUCGCCCAGGGCCUGCACGCUUUUUGACAGAAAACCCGCGUUUCCUUCCUCUCCGAGCAGCGCGGCCCCUCCCCACGUACCUAUCGCCACCCACGCGUGCCCUACUUACACCGCACCUCUGACCACCCGCCCCACGCUGCCUUCCCCCGCACCGCCGUGAGCGGCACGGCAGGGCCUCCCCAGCGGCGUGGGGCACCCGGCCCGCGCCCCACGGGACCCCACGGCCCCCGCAAGCAGCGCGCUCGGCCCGGGGACACCCCCCCCCCCUCCCGCCGGCGCGGGAAAACCCCGCGGGCGCGCCACCGCGACGUCACCGCCUGGGCGGGGCUUGGCGCCGCGCCGGAAGUGGGGCCGUUGCCCGGGCAGCGGUUGCCUGGAGACGGCGGCGGCGGCGAUGGCGGCGGCCACGGCGCCGGCCGGCACCUUCCCCAGCUUCAUGAGCGAGGGGACGCUGCUGUCCCGGCGGGGCGAGCACGGCAAGGCCCUGGCCUGCUUCAACAACGCGCUGAAGCUGAGAGCAGGAGACAAGCACUGUUUAGUUGCCCGCUCCAAAUGUUACCUGAAACUUGGGGACACAGAAAAUUCCCUGAAAGAUGCUGAAGCUUCUCUCCAAAAUGACAAAACGUUCUCCAAGGGCCUUUACCAAAAAGCUGAGACAUUAUAUAUCAUGGGUGAUUUUGAAUUUGCAUUAGUAUUUUAUCAUCGAGGCUACAGACUACGUCCAGAACUACAGAAGUUCAAGCUGGGUAUCGAGAAAUCCCAGGAGGCAAUUGUCAACUGCAUUGGAAGUCCAUCCUCAGUUAAACUGGAGAAUAAAGGGGAUUUGUGCUUUAUAAGCAGGCAAGCAGAGAGCAAAAAAGCAAAUCAGAAACUCCAAAUCAAACUGUCUAAGGAUCAAAAGUGGACAAGGAAACAGGAGCCUGUGAAGAAUCCAAAAACACAACGACAGCUUCUUGGAGAGCUUUAUGCUGACAAGGCCUACCUAGAAAAGUUGCUCAAGGAUGAAGAUUUGAUGCAGAGCAGAACAAAGCAGGGGAUCAAAGUAGCAGACAUGGUUUUGAGUGGCAUUUCCUACCUGGACACACGCAGUGAGUUCUGGCAGCAGCAGAAGCCUAUUUAUGCCCGUGUGAGAGAGCGCAAGCUCCAGCAGCAAAGGUGGAUCCGGGACAAGAAACGAAAACCAGCUGAGGUUGGCAGAUACAUUGUGAAGAGUAUGGAGGACAUCCAUAUGCUGCUGACUGGUGGCUGCCCUGAAGAAAGCUGCAAGAAAGCUGAGAAUCUGCUGAAAAAAAUACAGGGGUGGUCAGAUGAUGAAGUUCCCAAGAAGAGUGAACUGAUUGGAAACCUCCACAGCUGCAUCGGGAACGCUCGGUUAGAGAUGGGCCAGACGGAGGCAGCUCUGCAAAGCCAUAAAAUGGAUCUGGAGUUUGCCAGGCAGCAUGAUCUGCCAGAUGCCGUAUCCAGAGCCCUUGACAACAUCGGCAGAGUUUAUGCCAGAAUGGGCAAAUUCCAGCAAGCUAUUGACACUUGGGAGGAGAAGAUUCCAAUGGCAAAAUCCAGCCUGGAGAAGACCUGGCUGUUCCAUGAAAUUGGCCGAUGUUACCUCGAGCUGAAUAAAGCUGAAGCAGCCCAGAAUUACGGACAGAAGUCCCUGCAGUCAUCAGAUGAAGAGGGAGAUGUUGAGUGGCAGCUCCAUGCUACUGUACUAGUGGCACAAGCACAAGUAAAAUUAAAGGAUUACUGGUCUGCGAUCAUGAACUUUGAGAAAGCACUUGAGAAAGCAAAGCUUAUUCACAGUGAAGCUGCUCAAAAGGCCAUCAUUACUGCCCUAGAUGAUGUGAGCAAAAGCUUCAUCGAAGAGCUGAACAAAAAAAGAGAAGAAGUGGCAAUUUACUCUGUUAAAGAUGAUGAUUUCGGCCGCGAAACCCCGAGAGACGGCAGCGUCGAGAGGGGCAGCGCGGGGGAGGGAAGCGAACAAAGCACCGGGACUCGGGAAGAGGCGAAGCAAAAAGAAGGUGCCGGGAACUGUGAGGAACGUGGAAACGACGGAGAAGGAGGAGAUGAAGAAGGAGAUGGAGGAGGAAAAGAAGGAGAAAAUGAAGGAGGAGAUGGAGGAGGGGAGCAGGAGGGGAACUGAUGCGAAGACCCAGGGGCCGCGGGUCCCGGGGGGCGGAACGUCGCGCUGCGCGGGCGUGUUGCAAACAAGAGCUGUGCCCUGCGA